CACUUCUCGAGGGCAACUGUCCUUAGACCCUAAACAAACGCUAACCAACCAACAAGAAAACACAAACGUCUUUUCCCAUUCUCAAGGACAGAGUCACUCACAGAGCCUUCGCAAGGCGAGAGAGAUCGAGCAGGAGAGCGUAAGCAGAAGCAGCCAUGGGGAAAGAUCUGAGCCAAGAUCAAGAAGCAUCGAUGAAGGAGGCCUUCACACUCUUCGACACAGACAAUGAUGGUCGUAUCGCUGCAUCGGAGUUAGGGAUCUUGAUGCGAUCUCUUGGUGGAAACCCUACGCAAGCUCAGCUCAAAGAGAUAGUUACCCAGGAGAAACUCACCUCACCUUUCGAUUUCCCUCGCUUCCUCGAUCUCAUGAAGAAACACAUGAAGCCUGAGCCCUUCGAUCGUCAGCUCCGCGAUGCUUUCAAGGUCAUCGACAAGGAAUCCACCGGUUAUGUCUCUGUCUCUGAACUUCGUCACAUACUUACCAACAUUGGAGAGAAGCUUGAACCCGCUGAAUUCGAUGAGUGGAUCCGUGAGGUUGAUGUUGGAUCUGAUGGUAGGAUCAAAUACGAGGACUUCAUCGUUCGCAUGGUCGCCAAGUGAUGUAAUCUUUACUGUUUCUGUUGAUAUAUAGCAAUCUUCUCCCUAAUCGAUUAAUUUCUGCGAGUAGUCUGUCUGUGCUGCUUUCUUUUUCGAUGAUUGGGUUUUAGGGUUUUUUUUUUUUUUGUGAUUUUUCCUAUUAGUUGUGGCGAUAUAUCCUUGGCAAUGGAACUAUUGGCAAUUAACUGAAAAAUUUGAACAAUUUUACUUUCUCCCUUUCAUUCUAUUAGGAUUUGCCUUGUGUGCAUAAUUUGUAGACACUGGAUUGUUGUUUUCAUGGAAUUAGUGGUGCUUAUCAGUUGCUCUGAACAA